AUGGCUUCAGUUGACCUAUUAAUAAAUCAGUUAACUGAUCCACGUAUAGUAAGUGGUGAAAAUGCAAAAAUUACCGAGAAAGAACUUAUCAUAAUGAUGAAGCAUAUAGUAGACAUUUUCUUAGAAGAACCAGUUUGUAUCGAUUUAAAAUCAGAUAGACCAAUUUAUAUAAUCGGUGAUAUUUUUGCUCAUUUCCAGGACUUAGUUAAUAUAUUCAAUGCACUAGGUCAUCCAGAUCGUCAGGUUUAUUUAUUUCUUGGUAACUAUAUUGAUCGUGGUAGUAGAUCGAUUGAAACAAUUACUCUAUUAUUUGCUUAUAAAUUAAAACAUCCACGUAAUAUAUUUUUGUUACGAGGUAAUCAUGAAUGUGAGUAUGUUUCAAGUCAUUAUGGGUUCCUGGAUGAAUGUAUACAACGAUAUAGUCGACGUUUAUGGAAAUCAGCUAUGAAUACAUUUGAUUGUCUUCCAGUUGCUGCUAUUAUUGAUGAUACAAUAUUUUGUGUACACAGUGGAUUAAUCCCAUGUAUACAAUAUUCAAAUAUAGCGAGUAAAAUACAAUUAAGAGAUUAUUUAGGUGAUAUAAUUCGACGUCCAGUUGCAAUACCGGAUAACUUUUUAUUAACACAUUUAACCUGGUCAGAACCAUUAGAGAAUUCCACUGGUUGGCAAUGGAAUCCAUGUGGUUUAGGUCAAUGGUAUGGUGAAGAUGUUAUUGAUGAAUUUUGUCAAAGAUUUAACUUUCAACAAAUUAUUCGUUCACACGACUUAUUUCAUAGUGGUUAUGAAUUUUCAGCCAAUGAAAAAAUGCUAAGUAUUUGUACUGCUGUUAAUUUAAUGAAUACAAUCAAAAAUUAUGGUGCAAUUGUAAAAUUAUGUAAAUCACCAUUAAAUAAUAUAAUUAGAGGGACAAUAAAAAUUAUUAAACCAAAGAUAAGUUCACAUCGAAAUAAACCAUCAAAAGAAAUAAUAAUUAUUGAUUCUGCAACUCAUAAAACUCAAAAUUCUGACAAUGAUCCAUGGGAAGGCGGUGAAGAGACUACAGUCACGAAUUUAACGACAACACAAGAAAGCUCAUCAAAGAAUCAGUCGUUAAAUAGUAAUUUACACUAUAAUCCUGAAUACAUUGAUCAGCCUUUACAUAGGCAAAAUUCUCAUCAAAAUCGAUUCACUCUACAAAAAGUGUUAUAG